UCGUUGCACGUAACUCGCGACGCUCGUCGAAUUGUGGACUCUACCUCGCGGACAUAAAGUCUAAAGUGCUGUGUUGUGGAUACACUGUGUUGUGAUUGUGCGUACUACUUGGGAUUUAUAUACAAUUUCUUUCUCAAACGCCGAAAUAUUCCAAUCUGAUAAUAAAUAAAACAAUGGGCACUACUACUGGAACUCGAACAUAAUGAACGAGAGUCGCGAGCGAAUUCGGCGCGAGAGAGAGAGGGAGAAGAACACAUAUACCUCUCCUCGUCUCGCGCUGCGCCGCGUGUUGCUAUUGGCUGAAGGCAGGCAGUUUCGGGAGGCCGCUGCUGUUCUAUCCCGGUUGGGACCUGGUGUGCUGCAGACGGUGGCUGCUGAGCUUCCUAUUGAUUUGCUGGUGGAAGCGUUGCCGCAUUCUGCUCAUCUUAUUGAAACUCUACUAAAUAGACUGAUAUCACUGGAAGUGACACCCCGCCCGGAAAUACAAUGCGAGGCGGUCGCGUGGCGUUUGGUGGGGUUACUUGGCGGAGACCAGGGUUCAGGUCUCCGCGCCAGGACCUGUCGACUAGCCAGUGCGCUGGUCCACUACACGCCGGAUACCAGAGAUGCUAUAGACGCGAGGAGGAGGCAGUUGGAUGCUGCUGUACAGGGUUUGGGUACUCAUGGUUUGACAGCUGAUUCAUCCGGCACACUCAUAUCACUUCACGUGGCGAUGAAGAAUGAGCUCCAGCGACAUGUGGACGUUUAUAAGCAGGCGCUUCACAAACUUGAGGAGCUGUCAUCAGUAACAGUGAACCAAGACCCAGCAUCCUCAUCCCACCAACGUCUUCUGGCUCUCUCCCACGCUGAUGUCGAGAGAAGACUGAUCGACAACAAGUCCCUGCUGACGAUCGUGGAUAAGCCAGCGUUGAGACAGCUGCCGACCCUGGUGUCCUCGCUUGCAGCCAGGGUCGAGAGCGACAAAGCGGUGCUGACGUGUGUAGGCCAGAUAAAGAGAAGUGAGCCGACUCUGGAUUUAAGUGAUACAAGACCGGUCGCUGGCGUGUUGAUGAGCUACUCCCGAGGAUGUGCUGCAGUCAUCACGCAGAUGUCGGAUGGUGAGGGUGCAGGUCAGACCCCGACUGCGCCCCGCUCACCAACGGACUCCGCAAGUGACGGCUACCAUUCAGACAGUGAUGACUCACAACAGCAUCCGGACAGGAGUAAGCUGGUUUCCCAAUACGCAGCGGUGUGGGCUCGUGCAGCAGACGAGGCAUUACCAGCUCUGUCGGCGCUGGAGCCGCUGCGGCAAACACCGCACCUUAAAUACAAGAUUGUCUUCUCCAUUGUUGUUCUGUCGUUCCGCGCCGCUAUCAGCCUGCGCGACCGGCGACUGAGCGAGGUGAAGGCGUUACUGGGUGCUGGAGACAGCGAACCCGCCGCCAGGGAGCCGACGGUGUCCCGGCUCCUGUCGGCGGCCACUCGAGUCCUGCACGAGACAGCGCACAGCUUCCCACUUGGGGAAGCGGAGCGGACUGUCAUCAACCAGGUGUUGAGUACUCUUCGGGAGUACCCUUGUCUGGGCGGUUGCGGUGCGCUCCACGCCUUAGUUGCUGCAGCGUGUCGAGCCGCCUGGAGCAUCAGCUUGCACUCUCCUCCCUUGAGGAUAGACACCGACUUCACGCCAGUGGUAAUGAAUCCAGAGAAGCAUGUUCGCUUUACGCUGGGCGAUGCUCGGGAGCGGCGCUCGGACCUCAUCAAGUCAUUCGUGUGGCCAGCCCUGAUGGAAGGCAACCGCUGCGUGUUCCGAGCUGUCGUUUUGACGUGAAAAGAGAUCUGAGCAGUUUAAAGUUAGGGCUGUCAAUUUUAUAUCAGCAUUGUA